AUGGUCGAGACAACCCCCGUCUCGAUCUUAGUACUAGGACUCUUCAUCCUUCUCCCAAUCAUCAUAUUCCCCAAACUAAAAGGAUGGACUCACACUGCCCAAUCCACAAUCCUCCCACGCUUAGGCCUACGCUUCUGGCGGUCCCGGCAAUCCAGCGAGAUAGUCUCGUUGCGCAUGUACCCAAUCAAAUCAUGCCGCGGCUUCGAGGUCCAGAAAACCAUUCUCAAAGAACAUGGCCUCGAUCUCGACCGUCGCUGGAUGCUCGUCGAUGCCAAGACAAAUGAGUUCUUGACGAUUCGUCAGAUCCCCGAUAUGACGCGCAUUGGCACCGCUCUUAGCGACAAUGGCCUCGAUCUGAUCAUCACGAUCCCAGAUGUCGAUUCUGAAAGCGUGAUAACCGUAAGCAUACCGUGCCAUCCGAGUCUGGACUGGUUGAAAAGCAACACGACUAUCGCCCCAGUCAAGAUCUGGGACAAUGAUACAGAUGGAUACAUCUACAACGAGUCUAUCAAUGCCCCCUUCUCCGCAUUCCUAGGCCGUCCAGUCGCACUGGUUUACAAAGGCCCAACUCCCCGCAUUCUAAAAGGAAACGGCGACCCCAGCCUUUUGGGCCGGAUCCAAACAACCGGGUUUCCAGACGUCUUUCCCAUUCUAAUCGCCUCCGAGGCAUCUCUCUCCGAACUUAACAACCGUCUCCGUCGCACAGGCGUUGACCCUAUUACCGUUGAACGGUUUAGACCUAAUAUCGUCAUCAAAGGCCAGACGCCCUGGAGCGAGGAUUCGUGGAAGACAGUUCGAAUUAGCGGGGAUAGAAAACCGCUGGAUCUGGAUGUUGUGGCGAGAUGUGCAAGGUGUCAGGUGCCGAAUGUAGAUCCGGACUCGGCGGUAAAGCAUAAGAAACAGCCGUGGGAUAUGCUUGUUAGUUAUCGAAGGGUUGAUGAGGGAAUUAAGUACAAGCCGUGUUUUGGGAUGUUGAGUGCGCCGCGCAGUGAGGGGGUUGUUGAGGUGGGCAUGAGGUUGGAGGUGCUUGAGGAGACGAGCGAGCAUCGGUAUAUCAAGGGGUUUUAA